AUGUCGCACCACCACCGCCCACCCAUUCCCAAAAGCAGAACCCUAAUAACCACCCCCCUCCUCUACAUCGCCCGCACCCAAACCAAAGGCCUCGGCCUCUUCACCACCCACGCCAUCCCCGCAAAUAACAUCCUCCUCCUCGAAAGCCCCCUUCUAUACAUCCCCAACACGCAAAUCAACAGUCUAACACCCGCCUCCGUCGCAGCGGAGGAAACCUGGUUGCCAUUGUAUCAAUACCUCAACGGAAUUGUGCCUGACGCGUUAACGACCAAGGUUGGUGAAUUACCGUUCAGCAAGCGGUUUGAUUUCUAUGAGUUGGGAUGGGGGGUGUGGAAGGGGACGACGGAGCGGAGUAUUGUGUGGGAGAAUGGGUGGGAUGUGGAGGGUGUUACUGGGACGGUGGUAGGGUGUAGGUCGUGUAGGGUUAAUCAUUCUUGUAUGCCUAAUGCGAGGCUUUCUUGGUGUACGGCGGAGGAGGUGGAGGAUUCUUGUGGGAGAAUCGAGGAGGGGGAUGAGAGUAAUGUGGGUAUGAUGUCUGGGGGGUUAGUGGAUGAAGGUGCUGUUCCGGGUCCUAGUCAGCAUUUUGAUGACUUGGUGACAGAUGCGCCGAAAGAGAGAAUGGGUAGGUUGAUGUUGUGGAAUCAUGAGCCUUUGAGCGCGGGCGAGGAAGUCACAAUUGGUUAUGGUUAUCUGGUGGAUGAGUUGAAGUCGCUUUAUGGCUUUGAUUGUGCGUGUUUGGUGUGCACUUCUCAAUGGCGUCCUUCUGGCACUACCAGAGAAGUUCCUAGGCAGCGCGACAAAGACAAGGAUCUUCCUCCACCUCCUUACAAUAGCUCUUCGAAUUCUGUCUACGAAUCUGUUGGCGCGUCAAGAACACAAAGCUGCGAUCGCUUAGCGAGGCAGAGAUCUAAGGGCAGCGGCAUUGGAAACCUUGAAGAUGAGGAAACAGGCGGCUCAGAGUACCUCUCUUGUGAAGAGCCUGAUACUCCAAGAUUAGACCUCCCACAACGAAUACCAGCCGACAUCUUCAAGCCCACGGAAAUGGACUCUUCCUCGACCGACAGCAGCUUUGUCGAGAUCGAGAUCGAGAUCGGAAAGUCGCCAAAGACAGUUUCCUCCCCCAUUAACAGCAACAGCAGCCAACAAGAUCUCCUGGAAGCCAAACAAGUCAAUCUCAAAAGGGUGGAUAACGAAAUCCUUCGUCUGGUCAAUAUGUCAAAGAGUCCAACAAACACGCAUUCAGAGACGGAAGAUGUAUCCAUGUCCCAAAACACCGCCGAUAUCUCCUUUCAAACAGAGGACUACGAUCUCUCACAAAUCACAGAAGAAGACGUCUUUGCUUCAUCCCCUGCCACCUUCUCCAAAGCAAAGGCGAAUUCGCACAAAGACCUUCCCUCCUCACUCACUACACAUACCAACAACCACAAAUUGGAACCCACCACCGACGCAUCUCCACAAAGAGACCCAACAUUCAACCUCUCGAAAAUCAUGGAAGAAUCCACCAUUCUCUUCUCCCCAAACAGAGGCAUCCCUCCCACCCUCCCACCAAAUAGCCCCCUCCGCCGCUCCCUCUCCCUCUCCCCGCAAACCUGGGUCCUUAACCGCACAACACCAAGCGAACCCCCUCUCCCGCCUCUCCGCUCCCCAGAAACCUUAGGAACCCUAAUUCAAAUCCAAGACUCCAAAAAGCACCGCGGCUUCGGCAUCUUCGCUCUCCAACACUUACGCACAGGAACCCUUGUGCUCCACGAAUCCCCAUUACUAAAGUUGAUAUAUCCCACAUCCUCCUACCGCGCAAUCAAACACCUCAUCACUGACCCGUUAGACGCACUAGUCGACAACCUCCCCACCGCGCACCGCUCCGCAUUCCUAAGUCUACACUCCCACACCCACCCCUCAAUGCCAGGUCCCGCGAAUCGAGAGAUCAUCUGGACAAACGCCUUCACCGUCGACACCGGCGCAACAGCCGUCUUCGAAGCAACAUGUCGGAUCAACCACGCGUGCGCGCCGAACUGUCGGUGGCAUUGGAAACCGGCGGAUCUAUCGUUGGGUGAGGAGGAGGGCCAUAUGAUGGUCUGGGCGACGCGGGAGAUUGCCGAGGGCGAGGAAUUGACGAUUGAUUAUGGAUGUACGGGGAGGGAGUUGGAGAGUAAAUAUGGGUUUCGAUGCGCGUGUGAGAGUUGUGAACUUUCGAAUACGCUUAGUUAUGAGGGGGAAGGGGAUGGUUCGUUGAUGAGUGCAGGUGUGCAUUCAGGGGGCUUUAGCGAGGGGGGUUCGCCUGUUCCAUCACCAACCACAACAACGACACGAAGAAUCCCUAGAAAAGGUUCACCACGUCCACCCCUCUCAUCAAAUCCCACAUCCAUUUUAAACUUUCCAAACGCCCUCUCAUCCCUCCUCCAAACCGCCUCUCCAUUAACCCAAACAUCCUCCCCCUUCCUCAUCCCCUUCGCCCCAAAAAGCACCCUCACCCUCCCCCGCCGGCACCCCGAAACCCUCAACACACUCCUCGCCAUCCGUCCCUCUCCUCUGGGAGGUCUAGGACUCUUCGCCUUACAACCCAUCCAAUCAGGCCGUCUGAUCCUAAACGAAUCACCUCUCUUAUCCUACCCCACGUCGGGUGAUCUCUCCAGUCUCACGACGACCAUUUCGGGACUUUCAAAAGAGGAUAUCGAAUUAAUCUACGCCCUCUCUCCCAACUCCACUUCCGACCACCCAAACCCCAACACCCCCUCCCCCCUCCCCCAGAUCCUCCACAAAAACGCAUUCCUCCGUCUCGACGGGGCAAAAAAAGGGCUCUUCGAAGCCGCCUGUCGGAUCAACCAUUCCUGCGUCCCGAACAGUAGCUGGGUAUGGGGCCAACGGAUGCUUGUUCGCGCGAAGCGGGCGAUUGGUGUGGGGGAGGAGGUGACGAUUAGUUAUGGGGUGGAGAGUGGGGAGCGGAUGUGGAGGGAGUAUGGGUUUGUUUGUGAGUGUGGGAGGGGGUGUGUUAAUGAGAAUGGUAAGGUGGAGGAGGAAGAGGAGGGGGAAGAGGAGGGGGAUGGAGAGGGAGAGGGGGGCUUUUUCUAA